UUGGCCCCGGAGUUCGGCCUCCUGAUCUCGUGCUCCCGUUCCUUUCAUGCGUAAACACAGGCAUGACAGGUCACUCCUGUUAUUUGUUCUCACCAUAUACCCGGCAGUUCUGUCAUUGAUAAGUGUAUUGCGUCGGGCUUGAAGGGAUAUUAAAAAAAUGGCUGAUCAAAAGUCCCCCAAAUCACCGUCGACCUCGUCCACGACCACGGAUUCCAACCAGCGCCAGACUCGAGUGAUGCUUUGGUGUACGCCCAGGUCAACGUCGACCAUUUUAACCAAGUGUCUGAGUUUUGUGCCGAAAACGCAGGUGUACUUUGAGCCCUAUUACUUCUGUUAUGAGGCAUUGGAAAGGUUGAAGAGCUUGGGGAUCGACGUCGACCCGUCCUCGAUGAAGUCGUACGAUGACGUUAAAACGACGGACUGGUGGACGACUGCGAAUUUGAUCAGCGGUGGAGACUGUAGUAAAGAGGGCACCCCAGACUUCAAUAAGAUGAAAUACCCUUGCAUCAAAGAUCUUUGUGAAAACCCGGGUCCGGAUAAAGAUGUGAUAUUCGUGAAGGAUAUGGCAUACUGUAUUGACGGUCGCUACAAUUUCCUACCCGACAAAUCGCUCGGAUAUCGAUACGCGUUUCUGCUCCGACAUCCGAGGAAGGUCUUUGCAUCUUGGCGAAGAAUUAUGUUAGAUCUCGACCUGGAACCGGAACAGAUUGGUUCGGAACCAAACAAGACAAGGUCUGAAACUUUCCACAUAGUGAACGAUCUGUCGGCUAUUUACGCACCGCCUGGACACUUCUUCAAGGAGACCUAUGAUCUAUGGUUGCACGUCAAGCAGAAUUACGAUCCGAACCCGGUCGUUCUAGACAGCGACGAUCUGCUAUCCGACCCGAUCACGAUGUUACCACGGUUUUGCACUGCGGUUGGAAUACCCUACACAGAUGCCCUACUGAAGUGGCCUGGAAGUCCGGAUACUACUAGCAGUUGGAUAAACGCGUUCACACCACCAAACGAUUUCGAAUUUAUCCGGAUGUACUGCAAGAAUUCCUUUAAUACCACACAUUUUCUUCCUCCCGGCCCUCUUCCACAACUAGAGGAUCUGACUGAAGAUGUCAAAGAGUGUGUUGAAGCGGUCAUGCCCUAUUAUCAAGAAAUGUAUGACUCUCGUAUUUAGACGUGGGGCGAGACUUAGAUUCAAACCUUGAGGAUUUGCAAAUGAAGCUAAAAUAAUUGAUUUUAGAUCUUUUGAGAUCUGAAAGUUAAUCCCUAAGAUUAAAGUAUAUCUAGAAUUCGGCUUGCCAUUAUUGUCAGUCGAUCUGGAAUGAUUUUUUUUUAAUUUGAUAUUUGAAAGUUAAUUCCUAAGAUUGGAAUAUAUCCAGUAUUCGGCUUGUCAUUUUUCACAGCCGAUCUGGAAUGAUUUUUAAUAUUAUGAUUUAAUUUUAGAGUGUAGGCCAUAUACAGGUAACGUUAUUUUGUUGUUUUAAUCAAAUAUCAUUGGUAAAGAGUCACAUAAUAAAACAUUUUUUAAUAUAUUAUAGUAUUUAUUUCUUUUCCUUUUUAGCACAUGUCAUCAAAUCUAGGGGGUGCAUUACAUUUGCUGCCCCAUACGAGUACGAGUCCCCCCAUAUAGGGGUGCCUUUGUGCACCCAUAUAUAGAUGGAGCUAGAUUCUCGGUUUUCAAAAUAAUCUUCAUCCAAGCGGCUGGCAAAAUUCCAAUCAUGAAAUGUUUUGUUUAAAUGAGAAAAAAAAUUACAACUGUAACUGAGACUUUAUCUUGCUCUUUUAUACCGCUUUCUGUAACUCGCUGACCCUGGUCUGUCCCUGGCUAAGUCGUAAAAUCUUGAGAAGUUAUGAAUGGCGCGGGCUUUUUUAGCCAACGCCAGGCCCGGGCUAUUUAAUUUUGGUGUUGCUUAUAUCAGCACCAGAUCAGUGCCAUACAUAGAAGGAAAAAACAGUAUCACUUACCUAAUACUAAGUUUUAUGUUUACAACAAAUGCUUUGACUUUGAGAUGUGGUAAUAAAUGUUGAAUUUUGUUCAAAACUAGAUUCAGGUAUUUAUGCGACUGUAUCGUACUGUGAAAUAUCAAAUUGCUGUAUGAUUAACAUAAGAUCAUAAUUUAUACUACUUGUUUUACAUGAAUAUAAUAAACACUGUAUUUUUAUUAUUAUAAUUUCUAUAGUAGAUGACGAAAUGGGUCUUUAUUAUGAGAUUUCGCGAUUUUACACUUACGUGACUUGUGUACAUACUAAUGAGGGCUCAAAUUGAUUUGUUUUUAUUUGAUUUAUUGAUUUUCGUUUUAUAUUGUACAUAAUAUGAUAAACAUAACAUAACAAGUUCGAAAAUACAACAAGACAUAAUAUAAUAACAUAAUCAUAGAUUUAAGGAGCACAAUUCAAUAAAUAAAGUUAUCUCAGUUGACAUUUGUAUUUAGAAGUAAAGCGGGAGGUCUUGUCGAAAAAAGCAAAGCUUACAAGAGGCAAGCCCCUAACUUAGUUACAUUACCAAAUUACAACAAAGAAAUUAUGCAGUUAGCGAUACUAAGCGCCAUAUAGGGUACAGAGAUGAACCAUGUAAUGAAUUCAAAUUUUGAUCUUGUUUAAUAUCAGGUAUUCUGCACCUUUAAAUGUUUAAAAUGCACCUUUUAGGGUGUAAACGAACAUUUUUUGGUACAAAUAAAAAUAACAAGGUGUUUUUUUUUCGACCGAGGGUGCAAGAUUACACGCCAAAAGAUUAAUAGUGUUCCAUUUCAGGUUCAAAAAUUUCUUAGUGUCUUAGUACCGUACGAAGACGACAAAAAUAAAGAAAAAGUUCAUUCCAGUUGAAGUCUUUUUAUCAGAUCUCUUCAAAAAGAUUGAGACAUCAGCGUUCUGUCGAAUGUGAAAAAUAAAUCCUCGUAAAUA